AGGAAUUCCAAUUUCUCUGAAAUUAUAACACGAUAGAAAGAUGAAAAGAAGAAAUAAAGAACACAAAAUAAUCAAAUUCAUUGAGGUUACACAUGAAAUCUUAAAUGUAAAUUUGAGAUAAAUUAAACUAGCAAAAUGAAUAUAAUAAAAUUAUCAGAUGGGAUGAAGAUGGACUUAAAAUUUAAAUUUUUAAUCGAGAACUAUUAAAAGAUUUAGUUCUGCCUAAAUAUUUUAAGCAUGCCAAUUACUCAAGUUUCUUGAGGUUCUAGAAUUCUUUUAUUUUUUAGAUAACUUAAUAUGUAUGGUUUUACUAGUAAUAAAGAUUAAUAUGGAACUUUAACAUAUUAUCAUCCAUUUUUUACAAAAUAAAAGGUUCUUAUGAAAAGUAUAAUUAAAAAAAAACAUUAAAAAUAAAAUUAAAGUGAUCAGAGCAUUUAUGGAAUUGAUUAAUCUGAAUUAAACAAUUAAAUUAAGGCCCUUUAAUGUGAAUAAAUUAAAAUUCAAUAAAAACUCUUAUCUUCAAUAGAUUAUUAAAUCAAAAUUAAAAAUAGUAUUAAACUAUUUCUUCAAGUAAAUUUUACUUAAAUUUUUUAUAGACUAAACUUUCUUUAGCAUAAGAAGGUGAAUAAAAUUGCAAAUUUUUUAUUGAAAGUGUUAGGAAUUUAGUAAAAGGUAUGAAAUCUGAGUCAUGUAAUUAUCAAAACUAAUAUUAUAUAGAAAAUGCUUUUCAAUUAUUAUUCAAACAAUUAUUCCAAGAAUACCUUUAAGAAGAACCUUAGUCAACUUCUAUAAUAAGCGAAAUAGAAGAAUAAAGUAAUUAAUUGUUAUUUUCUCCAACACCUUUUGGAAAAAUUGAUUUAUUUUAGGAAUAUAUCUUAUUUCCUCAAAUUUCAUAAGAAUUAGAGUUUUCAGGUUCUAAAUUUGAAUUCUGA